GAAGUUAUUCUCUCUAGCAUAAAGGUAAAAAGAGUUUAUCCACCUUCAAUUUGACACUACAACUAGCUUGCUCUUGCCCAAGUGCAUGAUCAUCACCUAUAUAUUGAGCUUCAAACAACCCCAAGUUUCUCAUCAUCCCAAAUUUCAAAGAUUUAUUAAGAUGGAAAUGGUGAAGGAAAUAGUGGCAGCGAGCCCCGUGGUGAUAUUCAGCAAAAGCAGCUGCUGCAUGUCGCAUGUGAUUCUGAUUCUGAUACGCGGCUUUGGGGCGAACCCGGUUGUGUAUGAGCUGGAUGGAGCCUCAGCCUCAAAUGGAGUAGAAAUGGAGAAGGCAUUGCUUGCAUUAGGGUGCAACCCCAGCGUUCCCGCCGUCUUCGUGGGGGCUAAAUUUGUUGGUGGAUCUGAUCAAGUUAUGAGCCUCAAUAUCCAAGGAAAGCUCAAGCCUUUGCUUAUCAAGGCCAAUGCUAUUUGGAUGUAGUCUUUCUUUUUGUUUUGGAGUUGAGCAUAUAAUGUUACAUGCUUCCAUGACCGCCGUUUUUGACUUUGUCAG